UGGUAAAGUUUUGGUUGUGGAUUUUUGGGAUAGUGAACGUGGUCUCAUAAUGAUAUCUGCUUUGGUUUGGGUUCCUCGUGGUGCUUCUCAAAAUAAAGAAAACGAAAUAGAAGACUUUAUUUCCAGUAGCUGUAUUAUUGAAGAAAACGAAGCCGUUAUGGAAGAAAGUGAUGAGUCAUCAGACUCUUCGUCUGUAUCCGUCGGUGAUGUGUUGGCUCCUGAUCUAAACAGCCUGACCCAGCAAGAUACAUUACAGGCGGACUAUGAAAAAGACCAACAGGAUGAGGAAGAAAGGGAAGAUCUCCAAUAUCGUGAAACGGACGCCGUAGUUAUAUGCGGUUUGACAGAAGAUGAGGUUUCUUCUUUGGUAUUUUAUGUCAUAGAAGACACGGAAGACGGACCGCACUUGUAUCCACACCAUGAUUUGGUGCUUCCAUCUUUUCCUUUGUCGCUAGCGUGGUGUGAUAUCUCUGGCUUGGAUGGUUGGAACUGCCAAAGUUGCGUUGCUGUUGGUAGUCUUAUACCACAAAUUGAGAUAUAUGAUGCAAGUGCUGUUGAUGAACUGGAACCUCUUGCCAUUCUUGGGGAAACUCGUGUCUCAAAACUUUCUUCGAGCUCUACCCGAAAGAAAACUAAGAGAAGACCAAAGAAAGUGGAUUCAGAGUAUCAUGUGGACUCUGUAUUAAGUUUAUCGUGGAAUAGAAACGACAAACGGCUUUUGGCAAGCGGUUCAGCUGAUUGCACGGUUCGUUGUUGGGAUAUAACCACCUGUAAGAGUGUUCGGACUUGGCUACACCAUGAAAAGGAAGUUCAAAGUGUUUGUUGGCAUGAGAAAGAACCCACUCUACUCUUAUCAGGUUCUUUUGAUCAGACUGUCUCACUUUUGGAUAUUCGGGUGAACCAAAAUAUUCCAAGCUUUCGUUUAUCUGUUGACUCUGAUGUGGAAUCUGUUUGUUGGGUGCCAACCAGUUGGGAAGGUGCUGCAAGCUCAAAGUUUUUGGUUACACUUGAAAAUGGCACAAUGGAAUUAUUCGAUAGUAGAAUGGCAAGCUCUGAAAGUCAACGUUCUGUUGCAUUGUGGACCUGUAAGGCUCAUGAGAAAGCUGUUUCUGCUUGCACAUUCUCCACACAUUUCAAAGGAAUGCUAGUUACUGGUUCUUUGGAUGAAAGCCUUAGACUUUGGGAUUGUAAGGAAAGUCGACCUCAGUUGGUCCAGGAAUGGAAAACUACAGGAGUAGGAGCUAUUUUUGCCACUCAAUUUUGUCAAGAUAUAGAGACAUCGAAUUGGUUGGCUUUGAGUGGUUCUAAAGGAAAACUAGAGUUGUUGGAUAUUCUUACUAUUGGAGAUACUUUAGUACAACAUUUUCCAGAAUGUUCUCAAAAGAGUUCCCGUUCAACUCGAAGUUUUAUAGGAGUAUAUUCCGAUGAUGAAAGUUUAUCUUCUUCUUCUUCUUCCGAUUAAACACUUAAGAGUAAUGGAAUGAUGUCUGUCUUUACUUGCCAACUUGGAGAGCUAAAUACCCAAUCCACUUUAAUCAUAUUAUACUGUAGUUGUUCUCAUUGGCAAACAAACGUAUCUAUCAUUGGAAG